GGGCGGCACCAUGAACAGCGGCGGCGCCAACAUCACCUACGCCAGCCGCAAGCGGCGGAAGCCGGUGCAGAAAACAGUAAAGCCAAUCCCAGCUGAAGGAAUCAAGUCAAAUCCUUCCAAGCGACAUAGAGAUCGACUUAAUACUGAGUUGGACCGUUUGGCCAGUCUGCUGCCUUUUCCACAAGAUGUUAUUAACAAGCUGGACAAACUUUCAGUUCUUAGGCUCAGUGUCAGUUACCUGAGAGCCAAAAGCUUCUUUGACGUUGCAUUAAAAUCUUCCCCCACUGAUAGAAACGGGGGCCAGGAUGACUGUGGAGCACCGUUCAGAAGUCGUUUGAACUUGCAAGAAGGAGAAUUUUUAUUACAGGCUCUGAAUGGCUUUGUAUUGGCUGUCACUACAGAUGCUUUGGUCUUUUAUGUGUCUUCAACUAUACAAGAUUACCUGGGCUUUCAGCAAUCUGAUGUCAUACAUCAGAGUGUGUAUGAACUUAUCCACACUGAAGAUCGAGCUGAAUUUCAGCGUCAGCUCCAUUGGGCAUUCAACCCUUCACAGUGUUCAGACUCUGGACAAGCAAUUCCUGAACCUCAUGGCCUCCCACAGCCAGGAGUCUCUUACACCACAGAGCGGCUUCCUCCAGAAAACUCCCCUUUAAUGGAGAGGUGCUUCGUAUGCCGACUAAGGUGUUUGCUGGAUAAUUCAUCUGGCUUCCUGGCAAUGAAUUUCCAAGGAAGGUUAAAGUAUCUUCACGGUCAGAACAAGAAAGGGAAGGACGGGUCAGUCCUUCCUCCGCAGCUGGCUUUGUUUGCCAUCGCCACUCCACUGCAGUCCCCAUCCAUACUUGAACUUCGAACCAAAAAUUUCCUUUUUAGAACCAAACACAAACUGGAUUUUACUCCUAUUGGUUGUGAUGCCAAAGGGCAGAUUGUUUUAGGGUACACUGAAGCAGAACUGUGCGCCAAAGGGUCGGGGUAUCAGUUCAUUCAUGCUGGGGAUAUGCUUCAUUGUGCUGAGUACCAUAUGCGAAUGAUUAAGACUGGAGAAAGUGGCAUGACAGUUUUCAGGCUUCUUACAAAACACAACCGGUGGAUCUGGAUGCAGUCUAAUGCACGUGUAGUUUAUAAAAAUGGAAGACCGGAUUAUAUCAUUGCAACUCAACGAGCUCUAACAGAUGAAGAAGGAAGAGAGCAUUUACGGAAGCGCGGUGUGAAAUUGCCUUUUAUGUUUACCACUGGAGAAGCUGUGUUGUAUGAGACCAGCAAAUCUUUCCCCCCUGGGAUGGAUUCCUUACCAACACAGACUAAAAGCGCAACUAAUGGACAAGGUUCUGCUACCCUGUCAACUGAGAAGGGUUCUCCCCAUCCCACUUCCCUGUUGGCUUCCAUGAUGCAGCAAGAUGAGUCUAUUUAUCACUGCCCUGCUUCAAAUACUGUACCUUUUGAAACAAAUUUUUUUAAUGAUUUAAUUGAAUACAGUAAUUGGCAAGAUGGUAUUGCACCAAUGAGAAAUGACAAUAUCUUCAAACAUAAGCAAAUUGGACAGACUCAAGAGAUGAACCCAAUGCUUUCUGGAGGUCACACAGUCCCCUUUUCAGAUAAUAAAAAUAGUGAAUUGUACAGCAUUAUGAAAAACCUAGGCAUUGAUUUUGAAGAUAUCAAGUGCAUGCAGAACGAGGAAUUUUUCAGAACUGAUGCUUCCAGUGAGGUCGACUUCAGAGACAUAGACGUAAGGGAUGAAAUACUAACAUAUGUCCAAGAUUCUUUAAGUAAGUCCCCAUUCCUGAGUUCAGAGUACCAGCAGCAACAGGCUGUUGCUCUGAAUUCAAGCUGUAUGGUACAAGAACAACUAGGGUUGGAACAGCAGCAGCAGCUGCAGCUCCAUGGGAAGCCCAUAGUGGUGGAGCCACAGCAACAACUGUGUCAGAAAAUGAAACACAUGCAAGUUAAUGGCCUGCUUGGAAACUGGAGCGCUGGCUCAUCUGUGCCUUUCAGUUGUCCUCCACAAGACCUACAACAGUAUAAUAUGUUUCCAGAUUUACACGGGGCGAAUCCAGAGUUUCCCUACAAAUCUGAGCUGGAGACUGUGCCUUACACACAGAACUUUGCUCCCUGUGAGCAGCCGUUAUUACCCCAGCGUUCUAAGGGAACACAGUUGGAGUUUCCCAUAGAGAAUUUCGAACCAUCCCUCUACCCUACAACUUCAAAUUUAGAAGGUUUUGCCAGUUGUUUACAAGUUCCUGAAAACCAAAGGCAUGGAAUAAACCCACAGUCCUCUAUAGUAACUCCCCAGACGUGUUAUGCUGGGACCAUGUCAGCAUAUCAGUGCCAACCAGAACCUCAGCACAGCCAUGUGGAUCAGAUGCAGUACAAUCCAGCAGUUCCGGGUCCACAGGUGUUUUUAAACAAGUUUCCGAAUGGAGGAGUUUUAAAUGACGUGUACCCUGCGGGAUUAAAUGACAUAAAUAACACUCAGGCUGCCACACAUCUUCAGCCAUUUCAUCACCCAGUGGAAACCAGACCUUUCCCUGACUUGACACCCAGUGGAUUCCUGUAAUGGCAAACCCAGCUUUCACUUUAAUUUUUGAUUAGUUUGUGAAGAAUCACAGAAUUAAAAAAAACGUCAGUGUUGGUUGACAGCAAGUUCACACGGUGGCAGUGGUGCAUGUUGUUUGCACUGUUGAUUCCGAACCAGAUUUUAACCUUGGCUUUUGUAAAAUUCAACAUUACACGGACUGACCUUGGUAAAGCAGAACAUGUGCUGCCAGAGUACACAUUUCACAUCCUCUGGGUACCACAGGACAUGCAAAACUUACUCAGGAGAACAUUAAGACCUUUGAAAUCAAGAGACUUUCACCAUGUGAAUUAUUGCUGUCAGAAUAAAAAUGAAAUACGUUAAAUGUUGAACUUA